UGGCCUCUAAGGAGCGGGCGGGAGCGGGCGGGAGGAGGGGGCGCGGCGGAGCGCAGAGCGGGGCGCAGCGAGGCGAGGACUGGCCGUGCGCGGCCAGCCUCCGGGCGCCCCUCCCGGCCGCCCCGCCCACCCCGACCCCUGCUGCCGGGGAGCGGAGACCCGGCGGCCGCCGCGGACUCGGGCGAGAGCGACGCAAGGGCUCCCUAGACUAUCCAGAAGUUGAUUCCAUCAUGGCAGAACUCAAGGUGGAGAGCCGGACCAGCGUGGACUGGCAGAAGCGCUGCCUGGCCCUGGAAACCCAGCUCUUCCGGUUCCGCCUACAGGCCAGCAAGAUAAGGGAGCUGCUGGCUGACAAGAUGCAGGAGCUGGAGCAGAGGCUGCUGGAGGCAGAGCAGAGAGCAGAGAAUGCAGAGACCCAGGUGGGUAUGAUGGAAGAGAAGGUGAAACUGUCCAGUCUGAAGAAUGUGGACUCAGCAGGCAGCCUGCACCGGAAGUACCAAGAAUUGCUGAAAGCUGUGCAGGGCAAAGAUGAGCUCAUCGGCCAGCUGGAGGCACAGCUGGAGAAGCAGAAGCAGAUGAGAGCUGAGGAAGCAAAAAUUGUUCAAGAAAAAGCUGCAAAGAUCAAGGAGUGGGUGACACUAAAGUUAGCAGAGGGGGUUUUGGCUCAUUUUGCCUCCCAUCCCCUUCUGUGGAUGCACAUCUCAGGUCACCUGCUAGACGCUCUUCAGAUGGCACCUUCAGGGAAGCUUCAGGUGGCCCCCCAGGGAGCCCUAGAAGAGGAUUCUGUCCCUUCAGGGCUAGGAACUCAGCUGAUGGGGCAGGACAGUGGUCCUCAGGCCCAGGGUGCCCUGAAGGUAGCUAUUCCUGCACCUUCUCCAGGUACUCUGCAGAACAAGGACUCUGUUGCUAAAACAGGAAGCCUUUUUGAGGAUUCUAAUGCCAGCAUGGUCCAUCCUGGGGAAAUAUCAGAGGCCAAGACCCUUCCACCUCGUCUGGGAAGAGAAGGCUCUCCCGGCCAGCUGUGCGUGAAGCCUCACACCCCCAGACAUGGUUUGGCUUCCUGGGGUGAGGGCCUGGUUACUGCUCAGGGAGGAACGCUCCCUGGGACAAAGACCUCUGCUAGGGCAGGUGGCCCUGGCAGCAGCCUGACCCUACCGAAGGUGCGGGCUCCCAGCACCCCCCGGGACAGCAUCCAGCUGGCCAAGCGGCACCACAGCCAGCCCCAGGCGGGCCCUGGGCACUUCAACCAGGUGGUGAGCAUUGAGAUUGGCACCCUCUCAGCCCUCCACCCCUCCAGCCUUCCUGAGGUGCAGGCCCGAGCUGAGCUCCGGGAGGAACCAGAGAAGAUGGAGAUGGAGGAGCAACCCCCAGCGGGGAAGAAAGAGGACAGAGAGAGCCCGAGGGCCCCCAGAGCUGAGCUGGAGGAAGUGGACUUGGGGAACAAACCACCCACACCCCCCCUGCACCGGUUUCCAUCCUGGGAGAGUCGGAUCUAUGCUGUGGCCACGUCAGGCAUGAGGCUCUCGGAUGUGUCUCCCAGAAAUAAUGUCACCUGCUGCACUUCAAGCCCUCCUGCCCUGGCGUCCCCUGGGCCUUUCUCUGGCCUUGUCUACAAGAACGUCACCGUGCCUGUCUACACAGCCCUGAAGGGGAGAGCCACACAGAUCAGCACUGUACCCUUUGUGGACGAAUCCUCUGGGUCUGAUGAUGACUGCAGCUCUCAGGCGAGUUUCCGAACUUCACUCCCCUGCUCUGAGUCCAGGAAGACGAGCGGACUGGGCAGCCCCCGGGCCAUCAAGAGAGGUGUCUCCAUGUCCUCGCUGAGCUCUGAGGGCGACUACGCCAUCCCCCCGGACGCGUGUUCCCUGGACAGUGACUACUCAGAGCCUGAGCACAAACUCCAGCGCACUUCAUCCUACUCCAUGGACGGGCUGGGCCUGGGCGGGGAGUCACUGGAGAAGUCGGGCUACCUGCUGAAAAUGGGGAGCCGGGUGAAGACGUGGAAGAGGCGCUGGUUUGUCCUGAGACAGGGGCAGAUUAUGUACUACAAGUCCCCGAGUGAUGUCAUCCGGAAACCUCAAGGUCAAGUGGAGCUGAACUCCCGUUGCCAAAUUGUUCGAGGGGAGGGUGCACAGACAUUCCAGCUCAUCUGUGAGAAGAAAACCUAUUACCUGACGGCUGAUUCACCCAGCCUGCUGGAGGAAUGGAUCCGAGUACUACAAAGCUUGCUAAAGGUCCAGGCCAUUGGGCCUCCAGCCCUGCCUCAGGCUGGCACCAAGCCCACUGUGAAGGGCUGGCUGACCAAGGUAAAACAUGGCCACUCCAAGCUGGUCUGGUGUGCUCUUGUUGGGAGAACCUUCUACUACUAUCGGAGCCAUGAGGACAAGCGACCCCUGGGCCGUCUGCCUGUGCGGGAUGCACGCAUAGAAGAAGUAGAUCGAUCCGGUGACUCCGACGAGGACUAUGAGGCUGGAGGAACCGGGCGGUUGCUUUCCUCCCACUGCACCCUGGUGAUCCACCCCCCAGAGCACAGCCCCACCUACCUCCUCAUUGGCACUAAGCAUGAAAAGGAUACGUGGCUUUACCACCUCACAGUGGCUGCCGGUGGCCCCAGUGCCAAGGUGGGCACUGCCUAUGAGCAGCUCAUAGGAAAACUGAUGGAUGGUGAGGGAGACCCAGAUUCCCCCCUCUGGAAGCAUCCUAUGCUAUGCUACAGCAAAGACGGGCUGUACACGUCCCUCACUACCCUGCCCUCCGAGGCCCUGCAGACGGAGGCCCUCAAGCUCUUCAAGUCCUGCCAGCUCUUCAUCAAUGUGCCAGUGGAAGCCGCCUCGGUGGACUACCACGUGUCCCUGGCCCAGACAGCACUGCAGGUCUGCCUGGUUCACCCCGAGCUGCAGAGUGAGAUCUACUGCCAACUCAUGAAGCAGACCAGCUGCCGCCCACCUCAGAAGCACUCCCUCAUGCAGUGCUGGCAGCUCCUGGCUCUGUGUGCCCCACUUUUCCUGCCUCAGCACCACUUCCUCUGGUAUGUGAAACAGCAGCUCCAGCGCCAUGCAGAUCCCAGAAAUGAAACUGGCCAGUAUGCCACCUAUUGCCAGCGAGCAGUGGAGCGGACCCUGCAGACUGGGGAGCGGGAAGCCAGGCCGUCACGCAUGGAAGUGGUGUCCAUCUUGCUGCGUAACCCCUUCCACCACUCCCUGCCCUUCAGCAUCCCCGUGCACUUCGCCAAUGGGACUUACCAGGUGGUCGGUUUCGAUGGCUCCUCCACAGUUGAUGAGUUCCUCCAGCGGCUGAACCAGGAGACAGGCAUGAGAAAGUCAUCCCACUCUGGCUUUGCCCUCUUCACGGACGAUCCUUCUGGCAGGGACCUGGAACACUGCCUGCAGGGGAGCGUCAAGAUCUGCGAUGCCAUCUCCAGGUGGGAACAAGCCCUGAAGGAGCUACACUCGGGGAAGUCUGAGGGUGGCACGCGCGUUGUGAAGCUGAUGUACAAAAACAGGCUGUACUUUCGGAGCCAAGUCAAAGGGGAGACGGAGCGCGAGCGGCUGCUGCUCGCCUCUCAAACUAGUGGAGAGAUAGUGGCAGGGAGGUUUCCUGUCAACAAGGAGCUGGCUCUUGAGAUGGCUGCCCUGAUGGCCCAGGUAGAGUACGGGGACUUGGAGAGGCCCAUCCCGCCGGGCCCUGGGGGCACACACCCUGCCAAGGCUCAGCAUCACCUCCAGCAAGUCCUAGACAGGUUCUACCCAAGGCGCUACAGACAUGAGGCACCCCCUGAACAGCUGAGGCACCUGGCAGAUCUGCUGACCACAAAGUGGGCAGCUCUGCAAGGCUGCUCCCCUCCUGAGUGCAUCCGCAUCUACCUGACAGUGGCCCGGAAAUGGCCUUUCUUUGGUGCUAAGCUCUUUGCUGCUCAGCCUGCACAGCUGUCUUCCAAGGAGAAUGCUCUGGUGUGGAUUGCUGUGAAUGAGGAUGGUGUCAGCAUCCUUGACCACAACACUAUGCAAGUGCAUGUCACUUAUCCCUACUCUUCCGUGAUGACCUUUGGUGGUUGUCGGGAUGACUUCAUGCUUGUGAUUAGAUCCAAUCCAGACCACAGCUCUGGAAGAGGUCACAUUGAGAAGUUGAUCUUCCGGAUGGCUGCUCCCAAGAUUGCAGAGGCAACCUUCAUCAUGGCCAGCUACAUGAACCACUGCUCUGCAACUGUGAACCCACCCACCAGCCCGCCUGCUGCCCGCCAGCCGUGGGAACUGGAUGGACGACAGUUCUUUCCUUCUGUUCCACGAGCUGCCAAGGGGCCAACAUUGCUGUGAAUAUUCCUCCUGCCCCUUCCCCCCCCCCCCCCCCACCUGGUGCCUCUAGGAUUAGAGAUGUGCAUCCUGGGGAAAGAUACUACUGUGAUGAGUCUAAGAGCCCUCCCUCCAACCCCCGACCCCCACCCCAGCCCCGGUUCAUUCUGUGAAAUGUGUCUUUUAGUGUCCCUGAAGCCUUUACUCUCUAGGUGCCUUAUAGUCUGUUUCAGGGCCCAACUUUUAAAAAUCCAGACCCAGUAAAAAAAAAAACACUUUUUUUCCCAAGAAUACUGAGCUCUGGAUGCUCUCUAAUUCCAGGAACAAACAGGUUCCUGAGGGCCUCAAUGCUGUGAGUCAGGGCUUUCUGCACUGAUACUCUCAGGGAGGCCAGUGCUUUUUAUAUCGUAUAUGGUCCUUAUGUGGGGAUUUAUACUUGAAGUUUUCCCAACAUCCCUGAACAGCAUAGGACUAAAAUUUCCCGUUCACCUGAACUCUGACAAAGGCCUAGAACUCACUAAAACUGGGCUUCCUUUCCCUUCCCCUACUGCAAACGAAUAGGCACUUGUAGUUUUGUAGUGCCCCUUCUGGGGCAGCAGCUCCUAUCACUGCAGGACAAGACGCUGUCCCUGCUGAGACUGACGCUGAUCUCCCUCACACUGGACUGUCAGCCCAACUGAGUACAAGCAAGGGCAAGGGGUAGGUCCAUCCUGACCUCUCCCUGUCUCAUUUAAUGACUGGACAGGGCUCAGUGAAGGCUGUGCUCACUACUGUAGGACGAGGUGGUCAUCACUUUUCCCCCACUCUUUGAAAGACCAAGCAAAUGUGCUCUGCUUUUUGCUGCUCUGUGAUGCCACCAAAAAUGAGUCAGAAACAGAAGACCCCUCCAGGCACCUGGGCUCUUCAAGACUUCUGGCGAGCUUCCGCUGGAAUUAGUUCGAGGGCAGAGGGCACAUAUGUGGUAUCUGUCCUAGCCUAAGAGCAUCAGGUAAAAGAAACAGAAAGUUUCCUUCACCUUUUGUCUUCCUGAUGAUACCAGCAUCCCCUCAUCCUCAACUGAGACCUUCUGUUGAGUCAGAGGAGGUGAUCUUUGUCUCUGCCCUCCCCUAACAGGAAAAAAAAAGACGAAAGAGUUCAUUCAUACUCUGAUUUUCCAAGAUUGGAGAAACUGUUUUAUUUCAUAGCCCUAAGGCAGUCUUACCAUUUGUCAAUACAGUGCUGAAAACUGUAUGAGUUUAGCAUACAAGAACCAAGCCUUUAACCCCAACAAAGUGUGUGUGUGUGUGUUGCACACUGCAAAAACUGCAAGGCUGGAACUAGUUUAUCUGAACACCUCAGCUGCUGUAAGUGUCCCCGCUCACUCUUUAAACUGACAAGCAUGAUGAAAAAAAGCACAACAGAGUGUCUGCCUCUUUUAAAUGAACUUGACUUUGCAAGGCUGGCAGUUUUACAGCUAUCUCCCAUUUCUGUUCCUGCCCUCCACCCAGGAUUUGGGAUCUAGCUGAGACAUUUCUACCUCGAACAAGUCACAUGUCACAUGUCCCACAGGUUCCUCAAUAACCCCCCUGGGGCUGGUGUAAAAGGCAGAAAUUACAGCUCUGGUUUUGUAAUAUCCUGAAUGUCCCUAUGGUCAAUGAGGAUGUUAUCUACCUGGGAGUUUUAAAAAAAUACAUGAUCCCCACAAAAAAGUGAGGAUGGAGCUGUGUUCAUACUGAAUUUGGGGGUUAAGCUAUUUCCCUCACCCUAUCUCCUUCCCAACCCUUCAGGAAUCCUCCCUUAAAAGUUUAUUAAUUUUAUACAGAAGAAACUGCCUUAUAAACAAAGCCUUCUGUAGUUUGUGUGUGUAUCCUUCUUUAACGUGUCUGGAAACCAAAGUUGAAUUUCUGUCUGGCCUUUUGUCUCAUCCCUCUUGGCAAAAGAAGUUUUUGAAACCAUAGACAAUGCAGCGUAACGGAAGGGUAUUAAUGUGCUUGACACCCAUGACUGAAAUGCUACCUUCAUGUUUGUCAAUAAAAAGCAGCUGUCUGUGAA